AUGAGUAGCAUUGAACAAGAGAUAUCAAGGCUGGAACAAGAGACAUCGAGGCUUAACAAGCUACUAGACCGUACUCGCUCGACGUACAUCAGUUUAAACAAGCAGUACCAAGACCAAUGCAGUAUGUCUCCCCUCCUUCCCUCCGCCGCUCCCCCUCUUCCGUACUCACCCUCCCCUUCUCUGAUAGUCACAUCCGAGAAAUACAGAGAUGAACUCCGUCAACGUGAAGAACAAAUACGCACCCUCCGCGAAUCCGCCGCCUUGCAAGAAGUCAAAGCGCUCAAAUACAUGAAAGAGCACGAGAACUACGAAGCGAGGAUCUUGCAGCUCGAAGCUGAUUUAUCGAUCGCGCAACAGGCGCAUGAGCAGUUGAAUGAGCAGAAGCAUGAGAAUAUGUUGUUGAAGGAGACGAUUGAUAGGAUGAGGUUUGAUAUGGAUGAGAUGCGGAAUGUGGUUGUAACAGGCAUCGACGUCACCAUCCACUGUCGUAUUUCCCCCCCUUUUAACCACCAGCCGCGAUAA